ACUGUGCGCCACUGAUGCAGGGGGAUCCAUCAUGGCGUCGAUGCAGAAGAGAUUACAGAAGGAACUGCUAGCCUUGCAGAAUGAUCCGCCUCCUGGAAUGACUUUGAAUGAGAAGAGUGUACAGAACACCAUCACACAAUGGAUUGUGGAUAUGGAAGGAGCCCCUGGUACUCUCUAUGAGGGGGAGAAAUUUCAGCUUCUUUUUAAAUUUAGUAGUCGUUAUCCCUUUGACUCACCUCAGGUAAUGUUCACAGGAGACAACAUACCUGUCCAUCCUCACAUUUAUAGCAAUGGCCACAUCUGCCUGUCCAUCUUAACAGAGGACUGGUCACCGGCUCUUUCAGUGCAAUCUGUCUGCCUUAGCAUUAUUAGCAUGCUGUCUAGCUGCAAAGAGAAGAGACGGCCUCCUGAUAACUCCUUUUAUGUACGGACGUGUAAUAAAAAUCCAAAGAAGACAAAGUGGUGGUAUCAUGGAAUUCACGCACAAAACGAGCAGUAUGGCUGGUGGUAUUGUCAUGCUGGAGGGUCAUGUCAGGAUGAGCCUGCAGGAAGGGUACCACAUGAGGGAGGAGGAUGUCUUCCCUGUAAUGCACAGUGAUGAGAUUGCCUGCAGUGACAACAAGCUCAGUCCGAUGAUGCUGUGAUACACCGCCCCAGACCAUGACGGACCCUCCACCUCCAAAUCGAUCCCGCUCCAGAGUACAGGCCUCGGUGUAACGCUCAUUCUUUCGACGAUAAACGUGAGUCCGACCAUCACCCCUGGUGAGACAAAACCGCGAGUCGUCAGUGAAGAGCACUUUUUGCCAGUCCUGUCUGGUCCAGCGAAGGUGGGUUUGUGCCCAUAGGCGACAUUGUUGCCGGUGAUGUCUGGUACGGACCUGCCUUACAACAGGCCUACAAGCCCUCAGUCCAGCCUCUCUCAGCCUAUUGCGGACAGUCUGAGCACUGAUGGAGGGAUUGUGCGUUCCUGGUGUAACUCGGGCAGUUGUUGUUGCCAUCCUGUACCUGUCCCGCAGGUGUGAUAUUCGGAUGUACCGAUCCUGUGCAGGUGUUGUUACACGUGGUCUGCCACUGUGAGGAUGAUCAGCUGUCCUUCCUGUCUCCCUGUAGCGCUGUCUUAGGCGUCUCACAGUACAGACAUUGCAAUUUAUUGCCCUGGCCACAUCUGCAGUCCUCAUGCCUCCAUGCAACAUGCCUAAGGCACAUUCAUGCAGAUGAGCAGGGACACUGGGCAUCUUUCUUUUGGUGUUUUUCAGAGUCAGUAGAAAGGUCUCUUUAGUGUCCUAAGUUUUUAUAACUGUGACCUUAAUUGUCUACCAUCUGUAAGCUGUUAGUGUCUUAAUGACCGUUCCACAGGUGCAUGUUCAUUAAUUGUUUAUGGUUCAUUGAACAAGCAUGGAAAACAUUGUUUAAACCCUUUACAAUAAAGAUCUGUAAAGUUAUAUGGAUUUUUACAAAAUUAUCUUUAAAAUACAGUGUCCUGAAAAAGGGACGUUUCUUUUUUUACUGAGUUUAUAAGUUUGCAAUAAAUAUAACAUAUAUUACAUUUUCUUUUUAGUGGACGUUUACAUUUAAUUUUUUUUUAUUUUUUAUUUUUUUAUUUUUUUACAGAUGAUACCUGUUAAUAUGAACUUUCUAGAACUGGACGAAAGAAGUCCUACUGACCUAUUAAAGCACUUUUUAAAAAAAUCAUAUGGUCUCUGAACUUCAACCUUGGACACAAAACACAAGAAUGGACUCAGACCACAAACAUGGGAGAGGAUCUCAACUGCAUAGCCCAUAGCCAGUUGGAUGCAUGUUUGGGAAAAAGAUGAUGAAGAGUGGAAAAUUUAUUUUAAAGUGGAUGGAAUUAGACCCAUCAUGGGUUAGUGUGGAGAAAAUUAAAAUUAAGAUUUAUCCAAGAAGGAACUCUUCGUAGUGAGAUGAUUUCUGUCUUGGACCACAAGUGUUCAUCUUAGUUUUUUACCGCUGGUAAGUUUUAAGGUCCAAGUGUCUUGUGCAAUAACAAUGAAAGGUGCAUAGCUGGGCCAACAAUGACAAAUCAAAAUCAAUAUGUUGAGAAUUAAGAAAUCUAAAACUAUUUCCCCUCUGAAAUCCCUUUGCUUUCCUCUUUCUUUUAUUGUAACUGAAAUGAUAUGCACUGUGAAAUGAUUCAAGAUAUGUUCAUGCAGACAUGCAGUUCUACGGAAAUAGUGCACCACUUCGGGGGGUAGGAUUUCUGAUGCUUCACUGUAAAUAUUUAAUUUAAGAAUGGUACUUUUUUUUGUUAUCUCAUUCAUCUUUUUUAAGUUCUGACAUCAUGGCAAAUGGUUACAUAAGUCAUGCUGUUAGGGCUAAAUGUGUCCUCUUGAGCAUCCAAACAACAAAGCACUCAUAUUUACCUCUACUUAGUCAAAUGGUGUCAUCCCUUUGUUCCAUAGAUUUGCCUUUGGCAGAUUACAUCAAAGGUUACCCAAUAUAUUGAAUGUGGGCAAGAACUUUCUGUGUUGUGUUCUGUUUUAUUUGUAUGAUAUGUUUAAUAUUGAGCUCUCAACUCAAAUCUCUUUUAAACUUCAAUUUUAAAACAAUUUUCUUCAACGUUAUCCCUUUCUUGCACUCUUUUCACUCUUUAAAUUAUUUUUGUCGUGCUUUUAUUAUUUGGUACACGUUAUGAAAAAGAGUUGAAAAAUGGCAGUAUGUUUGGGAUUGUAUGUCUUUUUUUUUUAUUCUGGGUAAUUAUUUUGUUCUAUGUAACCUCAGCUGAUAUGGAAGUCAUUGUGAUUUAUACAUUCUACAAGGUAAAAAUUGAGAGUUGAUUCUCCUGGCUCAGGUAAUUUUUUCAAGAACAAAACAACCCAUCUUUAAAUAUUGCUAAAAAGAUGUAUUUUCCAUUUAAUUAGCUUAUAUUUUCUUCAAAAGGGCUGUUACAUAGUUUGGGGGGGCAUGAUCAAAAGAAAAAAAAUCCAGUGAAAUAUACAAUACUUACUUUAUAUGUCAGAUUUGAUGCAUCUGUAUAGCUAUUAAAAUUAUAGAUUACUUGGCAGCAUGGUCUAUAUUUAGAUACAUUUGAUAAUAAUUGAGUCAUCUGCACUUUUUUCCCUCAAAAUUAUAAUUUUUUCUCCUAAUGACUGUCACUAGGGUCAAAGAUUCUUUGGUUACUUAUAUUUUGUGUUUGCUGGGAUAAAAAAAGCCCCCACAAGAUAUUCUGUCCCCAACAAUUGUAUAUGUUUGAUGUUCUGUCUCUAGUUGGUAACGUGUGAUUUCACACUGUUAAUUAACUUCAUACACUCCAAAUAUGUAUUUCUUAGCAAUCCAUUCAGACGUACUUGAAUAUUCAGAGCUUGGUUGGCUUGUCUCCUUUUCCAUUGUCUGUGGUACAGUGUACUUAGACUUCCAAGUGAAUGUGUUUGUGUAGGAAAAAAUGGAGAUGGCCAUAGCUUCCCUUCUGCACACAAUAUAUAUAAUGUUAAACAUAUAAUUGUCAUUAAUACUGAAAGAAUAUGUGUACAAACUGCAACAGGGCUAAAACGAAUGUGUGAUUGGUGGCUGAGAAUAAUUGUGACACCUGUCAUCAUGAGAGGAAGUCAAUAAGUGUAGACUUGUUUUUUUUUUUUUUGUUAAAGAAUGGUUCUAUUUAAAUUUUGGUUUGCAAGUUGUAACGAAAAUUAAUCAAAGGUGAGGUUUUGUUUUUCUAACUUUUUUUUUUUUUUUUUUUGGUAUGUAGAAAUUAUGUAAUUUGUGCCUGUUAAUUUAAGGAAUAAAAACAGGUUUUGAGUCAGUGUUAUUACUUUACACAUUGCAUGACCACAUGACUAAGAACUGGUGUGCUGCAUUUAAAGAAUUAAAGGUAUGGGAAAAUCAUAUUUGCAUCUACAAAAGAGUAUUUUAGACAAUUUGUGAUGCCUUAAAAAAAAUUGCCAUAAAUAGUUGAAGACGCACUCAGUAACUUUGUUUGUAUCAUCUUACAGUGACACCUAGUGGUGUGGAUGCUGCAUCUUUCAAAAUCAAUAGUUUUCAGUUACAGAUGCCAUUAUAAAAAUUCUCUGUUCACAAUCAGCCAUGAUUAAUUUAAUCUAAGAGUGACAGUGUCCAAUAACAAGACAGAUACUAAGAUUAAGCCAGUAGUAUUUGGCUGGUCAUGUGAUUUUAAAAUGGCAGCCCCCAUGAGUGCGCCCCUGCCCCAUGUAGAAUAAAACAGCUUUUACAAGGUUACUGGUAUGACAAGAGUCCUCAUCUCAUGUGAGUGCUCAUGAUUUCACAUUUUAAAAAUUACAAUUCAUUUCUUUUGGAGUAAAACUUGUUUAAUGAGAAAAAAAUGACUGAGUGCACCUUUAAUAA